GAGAUGGCCCUCAAGGAUGCCAAGAACAAGCUGGCUGAGAUGGAGGACGCCCUGCAGAAGGCCAAGCAGGACAUGGCCCGGCUGCUGAAGGAGUACCAGGAGCUGAUGAAUGUCAAACUGGCCCUGGAUGUGGAGAUCGCCACCUACAGGAAGCUGCUGGAGGGCGAGGAGUGCAGGCUGAGUGGGGAAGGCGUUGGACAAGUCAACAUCUCUGUGGUGCAGUCCACCAUGUCUGGUGGCCAUAGCAGCACCAGCGCUGUGGGCGGUGGCUCAGGCCUGGGCGGAGGCAGCGGCUACUCCUACGGCAGCGGCCACAGCCUUGGAGCCGGCUUCAGUUCCGGCAGUGGCAGAGGCAUGGCGGGUGGCUUCAGCUCCUCUGGGGGCAGCAGCUCCACCAUCAAAUACACCACCAGCUCAUCCUCCAGCAGGAAGAGCUACCAGCACUAA